AGUCCAGACUGGGUUGCCUCUGCUCACUGUCGCUGCCGCUGCCGCUGCCGCGCCUGCCUCGCUGCGAUCUGAUCAGGACCAUGGAGGAAUUCUUCCAUUGCCCUCCCACUCGGGGCGACUUAGACUCUGGAAUUUCUGGCCUGGCGCCUUUCGGGUGAGCUCAGAGAUGAACCGGUCUGCCUACCAGUUCGAGAUUACCCGAGAAGAGAGGAUCCGAUUGUCCCGGAGCUGCAAAUCCAUUUCUCCUUCUCUGCUUUCAUCCUCCUUUCCUUCCCCCUAGCCUCCAGGUUUGUUUAUAUAGCACCUGGCAGCCGGGAGGCAGUGGCCACUACCUUCCUGCCGCGGCUCGCCCACCCCUCCCGGCCUCUAGGCUCCCGCACGUGGUAGACACCAGUAUCGUCGCCAGCAGGCAGGAGACAGCCAGCGGGAGGCGGCCGCCUGGGUGCCAGCUCCACGCGCGUUCUCGCCAUCCUCACUCAUCCUCAGCGCGCACUCUCCCACUUGCCUGUAAAGCCCUGUCACACUUGACAUUCGCCGCCUGCCAUCCGUCCCUUGACGCGAAGUGGAGAUCGGAAAUACAGCCCUGGGGGUGCUGGUGAUGCUUCGCUGGGUUCGUUCAGUUGCUGGAAAAGAAUGGUAACAUGAACAGUGGAGCGUGAGAGCGUCGGCACAGGAAGGGGACUAGAUUGAUGGGCAGAGAACACACUUCUCUGAGGAUCUCAUUCCCAGGACUGCGCGAGGAAGGGACAUCUUUGCGCCUACACUUCCUGGCUGGACUCUGCUGACAUCUGUAGCCUCCUUUCUGCCAGGUUCCCAGGUCGCCUAGAUGCUGCCUGCAGCGGAGUGUUCUGACAGCGCAUGAGGAUCCAGGAGUUUGUGAACCCCUAUCCAAACUAGUUCUGACCUGGUUAUGGUGUCCCUGGAUCCUGAGUGACAAGCUGACUCCAGAGGGAGUUGAACUUGAGUUCAGAUGGCCAACUCCCUCUGAACCCUGCAGAUUGGUGCUGAGCACACAACAAAAGUUUGUAGCUUCCCCUCAGUUUCUGGUGCUUCCCGGGAAAGAGGAAAGGACUUUGGCAUUAAACACAAGAAGCAGUCUGGGAGUCAUCUCUAACUUUUCUCCACUGUUAUCAUUUGCAAUGAAGAGGAAACAGAAAAGGUUUCUGCAAAUGACUUUGUUAUUCACUGUGGCUUUAAUUUUCCUGCCCAACAUUGGUCUCUGGUCUUUGUACAAGGAUAAACAUCUGAUGAAAUCUGCAGAACCCGCGGAACAUCAGACAUUUCCACUGGGCCUAGGCGAUGGGCAAUUCUAUUCCUGGACAGAUGGUCUGAGAAGAAAAGACUGGCAUGACUAUGUGAGCAUUCAGAAAGAUGCUUUGCGCUCAGGGAAAGGUGAGCAUGGAAAACCAUACCCCCUUACUGAAGAGGACCAUGAUGACUCAGCUUACAGGGAAAAUGGCUUCAAUAUUUUUGUCAGCAACAAUAUUGCUCUAGAGAGGUCUCUGCCAGACAUCCGCCAUGCUAACUGUAAGCACAAGAUGUACCUUGAAAGGCUGCCAAACACCAGCAUCAUUAUCCCAUUUCACAAUGAAGGCUGGACCUCACUCUUGCGGACCAUACACAGUAUAAUCAACCGGACACCGGAGAGUCUGAUAGCAGAAAUAAUUCUAGUCGAUGACUUCAGUGAUAGAGAACACUUGAAAGAUAAAUUAGAAGAUUACAUGGCUCGAUUUCCCAUAGUGAGAAUUGUGCGCACCAAGAAAAGGGAGGGACUCAUCCGGACCCGACUCCUGGGAGCUUCUGUGGCCAGAGGCGAGGUGCUGACCUUCCUGGACUCCCAUUGUGAGGUCAAUGUGAACUGGCUGCCCCCUCUCCUCAACCAAAUUGCACUAAACCACAAAACCAUCGUGUGUCCCAUGAUCGAUGUCAUUGACCACAGUCACUUUGGGUACGAGGCACAAGCUGGGGAUGCCAUGCGAGGAGCCUUCGACUGGGAAAUGUACUACAAAAGAAUCCCCAUCCCUCCAGAGCUCCAGCGGGCUGAUCCCAGCGAGCCUUUUGAGUCUCCUGUUAUGGCUGGAGGUCUCUUUGCAGUGGAUCGAAAGUGGUUUUGGGAACUGGGUGGCUAUGACCCAGGCUUAGAAAUCUGGGGAGGAGAGCAGUAUGAAAUCUCUUUUAAGGUUUGGAUGUGCGGAGGAGAAAUGUUCGAUGUUCCAUGUUCUAGAGUCGGUCAUAUCUACAGGAAGUAUGUCCCUUAUAAAGUUCCGUCUGGGACUAGCCUGGCAAGGAACCUGAAGCGCGUGGCUGAGACCUGGAUGGAUGAAUUUGCUGAGUACAUUUACCAGCGGCGGCCAGAGUACAGGCACCUCUCCACCGGAGACAUCUCUGCCCAGAAGGAGUUGCGGAAACGACUUAAGUGCAAAGACUUCAAAUGGUUCAUGGCUGCGGUGGCCUGGGAUGUGCCGAAGUACUACCCUCCGGUCGAGCCCCUGCCUGCGGCAUGGGGUGAGAUUCGAAAUGUGGCAGCAAACUUAUGUGUGGAUAGCAAGCAUGGAGCCAUGGGGACCGAACUGAGGCUGGACAUCUGUGUGAAGGAUGGUUCCGAAAGGACAUGGUCUCACGAACAGCUCUUUACUUUCGGGUGGAGAGAAGAUAUUCGACCUGGUGAGCCUCUGCACACCCGAAAAUUCUGCUUGGAUGCCAUCUCACACAGCAGCCCUGUCACCCUCUACGACUGUCACGGCAUGAAAGGCAACCAGCUCUGGGGAUACCGGGAGGACAGAACAUUAUUCCAUCCCGUGAGCAACAGCUGUAUGGACUGCAACCCUGCAGAGAAGAAGGUUUUCAUGGCCAGAUGUGACCCUCUGUCCGAGACUCAGCAGUGGAUGUUUGAACACAUCAACAUGACUGUUUUAGAAAAAAUUAGCCAUUAUGCCAUCUCCUAGAAAAGAAAGAAGAGCGAUUACCUACAGGUUGUGAACUGUGUUGUUGCAGGCAUCUGGAUCAAAGGAGUCAGGAAUAACAUUUCCUAGAUCCAGGAAGCCUGGUUGAAAGACGUGUGAAGGCCAUGUUGACGUAGGCUGUCCGGGAGAAGUUCCUGCAUCUGAAGAACUUGGCUGAGAUCCUCACCAGCUGCUUCUGAGAACUGAGACUAGCAGUUCCCUUGCUGGCCAAGGGUAAAGAUUACUUAGGAACUUUCACCUCGACUGCUGAGUUAAUCAACCCUAGCAUUUCUCAGGUCAAAUCCUGCAGUAGUGAGUAGCUAUGAAUGGAUCCUAUUAAUCGGGUGGGAGGGGGGUGGAAACAGAGCGCAUGACUGCUCUGGCAACCUGAGGCUACCACAGGUCUAGAACUAGCCACGCUUAAGGGGUGAGCUGUACUCUUUGGUGCCAUUCUCUAAGAGUGGGUUAAGCAGGUUUAACCCUUUCAAGUGCUGCAGAUGAUUUUAGAGUGCUCAUGCCAUUUUUCUCUUUCCUUUUGUCUUCUCUUUAAACAAGGGUACAUGACGUUGAAAACUUACACUACAUACUCUCAUCUACACAUACUCUUUUCCUUCAAAGGCCCAUGUUAUCUGUCAUGGUUCAUUAGAGCUCAUGGUUCACCAAUUAGCUGAAGUUCUAAUCCAGUGACCUUAGAUGAAUCCAGUUAGAAACAAAAACAGACCAACAAAACCUAUGCUACCAGGUUACUCCAAAGAAAGAUUUCACAUAAGCAACAAAAUAUCCCAAGCACCCACACACAUACACACACACACACACACACACACACACACAUACACUCACACACACUCACACACACGCACACUCACACACACACACAUACACACAUACACUCACACACAUACACAUACAGUCACACACACAUACACACACACACAACAUGCACACAAGUUAGGGCAGAAAUUUCCCUGGGAAAUCUAUUUUUACUUUUCUAUUAUUUUUAAAUAAAAAUCUGAUGUUUGUCCAGUCAUAAUUUUUAUUAAAGAAGGUAUUGGAGUGGGCUCCAUGUAAUUUGUUUAGUCUAUCUUAAAUAAAUCUUCACUCCAAGUGAUGUGGAAAUGGCCUCAUUCACUUUAAUUCUGUUUAAUUGGGGAACUUUAAGAGUGGUGUUAUUUAAUGAUUAGUUUUGAAGCCCCUCCCUCUUAUGGAUAAUAAUGGUAUUGUUUUAUUCAGAAGCCCAAAAAGGGAUUACAUUUCUGAUGCCAUUUUCUGUUAAUGGAUAAUAUUUCAGGGGUAUCAAAAAGAGAAGUAACUUCAAAACUAACUAAAUUAGAUAUUUAAACCUUAAAAUAAAUUUUCCCUUUUCCAUAAUGAUGGAGUGAGGAGAAGAAAGUGCAGGAAUGAAGAUCCAUCUUUAGAGGGGAAAACCACACUUGCUAUAUAGUCUCUACUUGUGAGUCCAGCUUGUUCCUACAUUGCUUUUACUGCCUUUUGAGAUCGUUUCCUUGUUAAUAAAAAUAUAUACAUUGAGAUGAUCUAUGUAUUUUGGACAUAGAUCACUGAAGUUCCAGGACAGGAAGAUGCAGAAGAGUCUACCUUUUCUGUUGUUGUUCAUUUUGUUUCUCUUGUUUACUCUGUUUUUAAAGUAAGUAUGAAAAGUCCAGAGAGGCCCAGCUUCUGGUGGGCUCAUCACCUGGACGCCUCACUCCUGUCCUUCCCUCAGAUGCCCAAUUAUUCAGAAGCCUAGUAUAUGACAUAUCUUCUAGAAAAUGUGCAAGAUCAUUUUCUGUCCUCUAACCCUAAUCAAAACAUACAUUAGACGACCCUGCUAAGAAUUGGGGAAGGAUUACGUCAGUAUCUUUACUGAUAAUUUUUUCAAGCAUUCUUCCAAAAAGCUGUUCUUAAACAGACUGUCACUGAGAUCUUUUGUGUAUGUCAAGUGAUCUUGACACAGUUAAGAUGCAUAGUGGAGAAAAUCAAUAAUGAGAAAUUAUCCUGUGUGCAGAACAUCUCUAAGGAGUGAAGAAGGAUUUAUCUCAGAUGUUCCGAGACCAAUCUGACUGGAGACACAGAUGAUUCUAUAAAAACUCACAUUAUGUCAUUAAACAAUUGAUUGCUACUUACAAUUGUACCAAAGACACACCCUGGGUUGCGCACCCUGGAGGCACAGAUUUGUAGUAAUCUCUUAGGAUGCGAUAGUUAUGGCUAACUCACCAGGCCCUACCCUAAGUGCUACAGCAUUUUAGAGAGGUACACAGUGAUCAAUCUAUAUUAAACAGUAUUUAAAAAAUAUUUUUUUCUUUAAACACAGAAUGAAAGCUUGGGACAUUAAAUCCGAAAUUGAAACUUCGAACUCGGGGCCAGUCGUUAAUUGUGUGCACAGUGGGAAUGUACGGAUGAGGUGGAGCCUGGGGAGUCUGCCCCUAGGAGGGGAGGGCAGAGCCCUGCCCAGUAAAGCACAUUGGAAAAGGUGUUUCCUAUACCACUGGAGGGCAAGCUUCCACUUGCUUGAAAUACACAAUCUGAAAAGCAUAAAACUAUGUAGGUUUGCACUUUCAAUUAGCAAGAGGGAUAGAAGAGUCCUCAGAAAGACUAUUGUUCGUGGGAGUAAAAUUCUUUGAAGAGUUCGAUGGUAGCGCCCAUAUAUUCUUUCCUCAGAAUGAGGGGUGAUAUAAAGUUAAUGCAUCACAGACUUUGCUAUUUCUCCAUCAUAAGAGACAGUUCUGGUGGAAGUAAGAGAAUAAUUAAUUUUAAAAACCCUUUCAUGUAUUUACAGUGGAAAAAAAUGAUGCUGUAACAUGAUGUUUCAUGUUGGGAACUAAGAGUAUGAUUCAUCCUUUUUCAAGGCUGGAGGAGAACCUUGGCAAUAAUGAUAUACCGGCUUCUGUGUCUGCUGUUAUUUACGGAUAGGAAUUGAAUCACAUGACUGUUUUUAAAUGUAUUCAUUCUAUCAGAAGCCCCAGUGAAUAAUGCAAGCUCUAGGACUAUUUUGUGAAUUGAUAACAUAGAACUUUAUACAAUAAAUGAAUAACACAUAAUGCAAAA